AUGAUGCAGAGCUCCAAUUUUCCAUUCAGUGUACGGUUAAAAUCCUCCGCAAACCACUUCCUGCUCGAUUUCUGAUCUCAGCAACUUCCUUGUAAUCUACCUCUCUAUUUAACUUCCCACAUAUAUAAACUCACUAAAAUAUUGUCUAUCCGUAAGAGCGAGAAACAAUGGCAAGUGGAGAUCUAGAGAGGGGGGCAAAGAACAGAGGAAAUAACGCAAAUUUCCCUUCAUACUAUGUUGAAACAGCAGAAAAGCAAUGGACUUCAUGGAUAAUUCCCAUGUUUGUUGUUGCAAAUAUUGCUGUUUUUAUUGUUGUCAUGUAUGUCAACGACUGUCCUAAAAAAUCUCUGGGUAUUGAAGGUAGUUGCGUGGCUAAGUUUCUUGGCAGGUUCUCUUUUCAGCCGUUGAAGGAAAACCCUCUGUUUGGCCCAUCUGCUGCUACAUUGGAAAAAAUGGGAGCUCUGGAGUGGAACAAAGUAGUGCAUGGACAUCAAGGGUGGAGGCUUAUCACUUGUAUGUGGUUGCAUGCGGGAGUUAUUCAUGUUCUUGCAAAUAUGUUAAGCUUGAUCUUUAUUGGGAUUCGUCUUGAACAGCAAUUUGGGUUUGUGCGAGUUGGGAUUAUCUACCUAGUAUCAGGAUUUGGUGGGAGCAUCUUGUCUUCACUUUUUAUUCAGCAAAACAUUUCUGUCGGUGCAUCUGGUGCUUUGUUUGGACUUCUUGGAGCAAUGUUGUCAGAGCUUCUUACCAACUGGACAAUCUAUUCUAAUAAGAUUGCUGCUCUACUCACACUUGUGGUCAUCAUUGCCAUUAACUUAGCUGUGGGAAUUCUUCCACAUGUCGACAACUUCGCCCACAUUGGAGGUUUCGUGAGUGGAUUUCUCCUCGGCUUUGUUUUCCUACUUCGUCCUCAGUUUGGGUGGGCAGAAAACCGACAUUCUCCCGCUGAUGGUCGUGUAAAAUCCAAGCACAAGGCUUACCAAUAUGUAUUCAUGCUAGCUGCUGCGGUGUUGCUUAUUGUUGGAUUUACUUUGGCAUUGGUAAUGCUAUUUAAAGGAGAAAACGGGAAUGAUCACUGCAGCUGGUGCCAUUACCUUAGCUGCGUGCCUACUUCAAAAUGGAACUGCCGGAGCUGAUGAAGAUUUUCCCAUCUUAUCCUCUGUUCGAUAAUUUUCUUAUUCUUUUCAUCCUUUCAUUUUCUUUGGUUUUCAUUUUUUCAUUUGUUUGUAACGCUUUCACAUAUGUACAUUGAAGUUGCGCUGCGAUUGACUCUGGACAUCAAAGAGUAUUAUAAUGCUACUAGCCGCAGAAUGCUUUCCCAUCAUCA